AUGCCUUGCGCAUCGAAAGCGAUUAUCAUCGGCGGAGGCAUCGCAGGCUUGUCGUGUGCGAUUGCAUUGGCUCGUGUUGGUGUUUUCUGUACGAUCUUGGAACGAGGAAACCCCAAAGAAGGUGCCUCCAUCGGCGUCAGUGGGCGCGCGACAAAUGCAGCAGAAGAGCUGGGUCUGUACGAAAGGCUGUACAGAGAGGGCAUGCCAUUCGAAAAGGGGAAUGGAGCCUUGGACUUUCGCAAUGCCGCUGGAGAUAUUAUCGCCAAGAGUCCCAGUGACCCCUACGGCUCUGAGACCAGAGAGACGGUUGGCGUAUAUCGACCGACGUGGAUCAAGAUCAUGACUGAGGCUGCGAUUGAACUCGGAGUGGAGAUCAAGGCACACACAACUUUCACUGCGAUCGACAAUCGGAUGGAUGGGGUUACUGUAACAACAAGCAGCGGCGAGAUACUCGAAGCAGACUUCCUGGUUGGAGCUGACGGUGUAUCGUCGGCGACUCGGGGCGUUAUCAUUCCAGAUGGCCCUGAGCCGCAAUACUCUGGUCAGUUCAGCAUGCGAUGGAUGGCGCCUGGGCCUCGGAUUCAACCCGAAUCCAUGUACAUGAGCCCCGAAGGACGCCUGGGGUUCUACUAUCUCCCCGAAGACAUUGUCUACGUGGCGAGUGUGAUGACUGUUCCCGAGGGAGAGCGCCUGACCGAAGCUUCCACUGCUGCCCAUUUCAGGGAGCUGCUCCAGUCAAUGACGGCACCUGCAUUGCAAGAAUUGCGCAGUCGCUUGAGGCCAGAUUCAGAAAUCAUCGCGCGCCCUUUUCGAUGGAUUCUUCUCCCCGACCGGUGCACAGCGCACAUGGGGCAAGGCGGAGGGAUGGCGCUGGAGGAUUCGGCCGUGCUGGCGCAGUGCAUUCGCGAUUAUGGCAGCGUGGAACAGGCGUUUGAGGCAUUCAUGAAACGUCGGUACCAUCGUGUCAGCACCGUGGUGCACUCGAGUGUCGAAUUGUCCAAGCUUGAGCAGCGCGAGUCUACGCCGGAAGAACGAGCCUUGUACCGCAACCAAGCCAUGGCUGCCAUUGCAGUACCGUAUUGA